AUGGAAUGGCCGCAGCGUCCCGCAAAGAGGCCUCGCUUGCAGACGCCUGAGAAGUUUUCCUCGCGAAAUCCCAUGGUCUUGUGCGAGGAUGAAUAUUUCCAGCCUACUCAAGAACAAUCAAGCGUGCCGGCGACGCCCUACAACUGGGGGGGCAUCGGCGAUUCGACUGGCUCGCAUCAGCCAGGCACGACAAGAGAGACGAGCCUGGAGUGGAUAGCCAACUCGGUUGAAGUUGAAUCGAUUCCCGCGGUUGAACCAGAGUUGGUCUGCUUUGGAUCUCUUCUUAGGGAAUCGGAUCUCGAGUUGUGUGCGGUAUUGGGCUCGACUGAUACGGAAGUUCUCGAGCUCUUCCGUCGAGAAGGAGUAGAAUUCGACCUCUUGUGGGUACCCGACGACCUCCCUAAUACUACUAGAAGGGGAACCUCAGCUGGAGUCUUAUGGGUAACACUCUACGGAGAUAUGGAGCUGGCAGCCGACUUGGGCGAAGUGCUUCAAAACCUUGGCAUCUAUUUACAGGAGCCUAUAUAUGCCCUGAGGGACGUUCUGUACUGGAACCCACAUAAAUUCCAUAACGAUGCAAACAUCUGGACAUCUCACCUGAGGAAGAGCGUGCAUAUCGAGGGCACUUCCGAACGCAUUGAUGCAGCAUUCUCCACUCUCCUUGCUGAAUUUGUAUCUGAGGAUGCAUUGCCAGAGACUGAAGGUUGCCCGCUACUAUUGACAAGCCUGAAAGGACAUCAAAAGCGGGGACUCACGUUUAUGACCCGCCGUGAAAUUGGCUGGGGAUUCGCGAGGAACGAGAUGGACAUCUGGUCGAGGGAGGCUGGACAGAUGGGCCAACCCGUCAACACUCGCCAAGAGUAUCCCCCGAAACCCUUUAAAGGUGGCAUCCUGGCCGACGAGAUGGGCCUUGGCAAGACUUUGAGUGCUAUAUCCCUUAUCGCUCAGGACUACCAAGCAGAAACCGCAUGUAGGCCCACGACCCUCGCCGUAGUUCCAGCGUCUUUAUUGCAAAACUGGGAGAAUGAACUUGCGAAACAUCUCCCACGCAAACAUUUCUCGUGGAGACGCCAUUAUGCAAACCGCCGCCUCGCCAACGCCGAAGAUGUAGCUGGGCAUGACAUCAUCCUCACGACUUAUUCAACUCUGGCAAGCGAGUGGAGGAAUAUGCCAGACAGCUUCUUGUUUACACACCAAUGGCAUCGUAUCAUACUUGAUGAGGCGCACUGCAUCAAAAAUCCAUCCGCAGCCACAACGAAGGCUGCGUAUGCUCUCCAUGGCGACCGGAGAUGGGCUGUUACCGGCACUCCCAUCCAAAACAGACUCCCAGAGCUGUGCAGCCUCUUUCGGUUUCUAAGGGUCAAUCCAUACCAUGAUCGAGAAAGUUUUGAUGAAGAUGUUACGAAUCUCUGGACGUCCGGUCGCGAAGAAGAAGCAGUUUCACGACUGAAGAAUAUUCUCAAAUUCAUCAUGUUGAGACGAUCGAACAAGACUCUCGACCUCCCCGAUCGGGAAGAUACCCAAGUCCUCCUUAGAUUCGGCCCAGACGAACAACGAGAGUACGACUGCGCCAGAGAGACGGCGAUCCGAGCCUUAGACGACAUGGCCGAUUCGGCAAGCUCCAGGAAGGCCUAUAUCAAUGCUCUGUCGAAGAUCAAUGAGCUCAGGAUGAUGUGCAACCACGGACUUGUCGCUCGGCUGAAUUCACAGAGAUCAUUUUCAGAGUUAGCGCCUCCAACUCCCAUGCCACUGCAAGCAACCACUCCCAUCACUCCAAUCACGCAGCAUAGCACAAAGGUUCAAGCUGUUGUCAACGACCUAAGCGCGCAAGGGCAGACCGUCAAGAGGCUUACACUAACCGCGGCAUCGCGUGUUUAUCUCAUGGAGCCGCAAUGGAACCCUGCAAUUGAAGAGCAGGCUCUGGCGAGGGUGUAUAGGCUAGGACAGACCAGGAAUGUUACAACUGUGCGAUACGUCAUCGACGAGUCCAUCGAAAAGUACAUCCUUGAGAUACAAAAGAACAAGAAAGAGCUUACUAGCCUUGUCUUUAAGCCCCGGGAGACUUCGGACGUUAAUAAGAACCGUUUGAGGGAAUUGGGAAAUUUGUUAAGAUAG